GCCUACAGAUGAGUUCAUGUUUUCACCCGCGUCAUUGCUGCCGGGUGCCCUAUCCCUCUUCGCCUUCUUUACCUCGCCCUGCUACGGCCUCCGUCCUCGAUACCUUCCCCCGCUCCCUGCAUCCCCAGGCACGCCCACUCAGCCCAUGUCCGAAACGAUGGGAAAGUCGAUCAAAUGCAAGGCGGCGGUGGCUUGGGCCGCGAACGAGCCUCUGAAGGUGGAAGAGAUCGAGGUGGCCCCUCCUCAGAAGGGCGAGGUCCGCGUCAAGGUUAUCGCCAAUGCCCUGUGCCACACGGACGUCUACACCCUCUCCGGACAGGACGCUGAGGGCAUGUUCCCCUCCAUCCUCGGACACGAGGCGGGCUGUAUCGUGGAGUCCGUCGGAGAAGGGGUCACGUCGGUCAAGCCCGGGGACAAGGUAAUCCCCUGCUACACGCCGGAGUGCAAGCAGGCCGAGUGCAUCUUCUGCCAGAGCACCAAGACGAACCUCUGCCCCACCAUCCGGGCGACGCAGGGGAAGGGCGUGAUGCCCGACGGGACCACUCGCUUCUCCAUCGACGGCAAGCCCAUCUACCACUUCAUGGGGUGCUCCACGAUGGCGGAGUACACCGUGAUCUCCGAGAUCUCAGCAGCCAAGAUCUCCGAUGACGCAGACCUAGAGAAGGUGUGCCUGUUCGGGUGCGGCGUCGCGACUGGCUUCGGCGCCGUGAUGAACACCUGCGACGUGGAGGAAGGGUCGACCGUAGCCGUCUUCGGUCUGGGGGCGGUGGGACUCGCCGCGCUACAGGCGGCAAAGGCGAGAAAAGCUUCUAGGAUUUUUGCGAUAGACACAAACCCGUCCAAGUUUGAACUGGCCAAGCAGCUCGGCGCCACGGACUGCCUCAACCCCAAGGACAGCGAAACCCCUAUUCAGCAGAUCCUCGUGAAGGAAACCAAGUGGGGCGUCGACUACACUUUCGAGGCCACUGGGAACACGGGCGUCAUGCGAGCCGCCCUUGAGGCUGCCCACAGGGGGUGGGGGGAGUCGUGCAUCAUCGGGGUGGCCGCGGCAGGGCACGAGAUCUCCACGAGGCCGUUCCAGCUCGUUACGGGAAGGAUUUGGAAGGGAACGGCCUUCGGCGGGUGGAAGUCUAGGUCGCAGGUGCCUGGGUUGGUGGAUGACUACAUCUCGGGAAAGCUGCCCAUCGAUCACUACAUAACCCACACGUUUGAGGGCGUGGACAAGACCAACGACGCCAUCGACGCCCUCCACCAUGGCGGUUGCCUCCGGGCCGUUGUCACAUACUCGCACUAAGACUCCAGUGCAGUGCAAUACCUGCGUGUAGCGUCUGUAGCGGGUGUCGGGUUGUGGUUUUCAUGUUCCACUGCUGUGCUUGGUUUUCGUUGUGUCGUAGAGAAUUAUCUCUUUGUCCCGCUUGCAUGGGUGGCGAAAUGCGCGUACAGCAGUACUGCCGUCGGUACGACAUGCCAUGCCCCACCUUUUGGCGUAGCACGUGGUAGUACGUGUUGUUCUCCUUGCGCUUGUUUCGCGGGUUUGAGUUGGUUGUGUUUCGUGGUUUUCCGUUUUGUUCUGAAUGUUGUACGCUUUUUUUCGCAUCACAAUCAAUCAAAUCAAAUAAAUAUGAUGUACGCGUGAGGUAGCCGUUUAUCACAAUCAUAAUCGAAUAAAUAUUAUGUACGUCGAGAGCAAGGGGGUGAAGGGGGGUAGAAUCCUAGAAAUAUCCUACAAGAAAGAUGUGCAUGAGAGAGACUGACUCUGCCUGCCGACAAAAACACAAGUUCUUGGAGGCUUCAUGUAUGGAGGGAAAAAGUGCCCUGGCUGGCGGGUUCGUCCUCGGACGCACCAGCCGAUGGUCGUGGGCAACAGCGAGCGCAGAGACGGAGCAUAAGCAGCACUGCUCCGUCUCCUACGCGUUGUGUUGGAACUCUCCAGCCUGAUGGACUUUCAGUUUCUCGGAAUGCAUAUUGAUUCGCUAAGAGAUACGCGGUAGGACUUGCGGUUUCGUGGCAUAGAAGCCAGGUAGCGAGGCGCAAAGGUCAGUUGUGUGGAAUUGCCUCGCUGCUGUAGUUACGUGGUAGGAUUUGCGGUUCAUGGCAUGGAAGCCAGGCAGCGAGGUAUUCUUCGCGAGAUGAUGGGCUAUUUUUUUUCUUUUUCGCCGAUCAUCGGACUCUGUCGUCUGCCCCUCUGACCCCCAUCCUCCACUUCUACCAGCUGGAC